AUGACUACCGAUGUGAACAAAUCAAAUGAUCUGGAAUCUAGAAGUAAGAAUGACCUCUUUGAAGAGAUACAAUUUUGGAGAUCUAAAGCCAUUUCAAAUGGAUCACCUUCUGGUGCUUCUACAUCAAAAACAACAAUUCAAGAAUUAUGCAAAUCAACAACUCCCACAAAUGGAAAUAACACAAACAUACCCAAUUCACUUGUCUACUCAGAUCUGGGGGAUCAUUCAAAUGAUAUCAUCGAUUUUUAUGAAGGAUAUGAACCAUUAAACUUUAAACAUUCAAGUUUGGAAGAACAAAAACCUUUAAAUCCAAUAUCUAUCCAUAAAGUGGAUCAUUAUAUGGCUUUUUUCCUUUGUUAUAGAUUCAUCACACUUAAAAUUGUAUCUGAUAGAUUCUCAAAAGUAAUCGAGCAAAGUUGGAAAUCAAAUCAUACUGAUGGUUAUACAAAAUGGGCUUUUUUACUUGAAGGUGCUGAAAAUAACACAGAAAUGAAGAAAAUAAUUGAACGUGUGGUUAAGGAUAGAGUUGAUCUAUUUCAAACUAAUAUUUUCCCAUUUCAGCAUCUUCAAGAAUCAAAUGAUGAAUCAAUUGAAUAUUUGAUCAGUGAAAUUGAAGCUGUUUUACCGGGAAAACUUGUUUUCAAUUCUUUAUUAGAUCAUUUUUUCAAAUACAUAUGGGUAUUAAGACCUUAUAUUGAUGAAGAUAUCUUUCUUCAAGAUAUUCAACGAUUAGUGAGUUUCAAUAAUGAAUCAUUGAAGGCUAAAGUACGUGUUGAACAGAGACAAGAUUUUGCAAUUUUAGCAACAUUGUUGAUUAUUUUAAGGUAUACAUCAGUAUCAAUUACAAUUACAGAUGAAACUCAUUUAUCACGAACUUCAGUCCUCUUAAAGAAUCAAAUUGUACCUGUGAAAGCUAUCACUGUUGCACAAAUGUGUGUUUCUAUUUAUAAAAUCGUGAAAAAGACAUCAUUAGAGAUGAUACAAGCCUUAUUAUAUUUAAGAGUUUACUUAAAAGAUUCACCUGAAGAAGGAGAUGGCUUAACUUUAGGUCAAUCACAAAUGCUUUUCGGUUUUAUUGUACAAUCAGUCAUGAUGGUUGGUAUGAAUAGAGACCCAAUGUAUCAUUUAGGAUUUAGUGAUAUUAAAUUGGCAAAUACAAGAAGAAGAAUAUGGCAUGCAAUUCGCUCAUUGGAUAUCCAAACAUCAAUUCUUUCUGGUACAGUUGGGGUGUUACCUCCAAAACAUUUAACAUCUGUAAAAUUUCCAGUUAUAACACUUGGUGAUCCUUUAGAAAGGGCUCAAUUAGAUGAAAUGAAGAAAGAAUCCGGUUUAAACGAAAUACAUGAGGAACUUUGUGAUGCUAUUAAUAAUAUGGAAUCUAAACCAACUUUACUCGAAAUUGUAUCGAUUUUGGAUCGUGCAAAAGACUAUGUUGAAAAUGUUUAUCCAAUGGCUCCAAUGCAUCCAAUUUCAGGUCUAGACAGUGAUUCCCAACUUUACAAGGCUUCCAUUUUAAGAAAUCAUAAAAUUUUGGAGAAAAGGUAUUUACAAUCAUGUGUUGAAAUCAUAAUUUAUCAAUUUUUAUUUGUCAAAUAUGAAAAUAAUAAUAAAUUAGAUUUGAAUUUAUUUAAACUUUUCACUAAAAAAUGUGUUUCAAGUAUCGUUCAAGCUUUAGAUCUUUCAGGUGCAUAUUUGACCGAUGCUUUCAAAGCAUAUUUAGAUCCUGCACAAUCAAACAUUGAAUUUUAUCCAUUGAUUUCUUCUGUUUCUUAUAGAGCUUGUAAUGCUCUUCAUGCCAUUAUGUUAAGAUCAUAUCAUGCACAAGAGUUGCUAACCUCACAAUUUGGUUUGGCAACGUCAACAUUAGGGCUACAGACAUAUCUAGAGAGAUUUAUCAAGCUAUUAAAUGCUAUUACUGAGGUGCAAUUGAAAGUUUAUGAAGAUCACAUUGGUGUUAAAUAUCAUUUAUCAUUAAAAGUUGUAUGUGCUUCUAAAUUUGCAUUCAACUCGUUAAAAACGCAUAAAUUUGCAGUUUUACAGAAAUUAAUUGCAUUCUUAGAGACUGAUGAUGAAAAACAAGUAUCAGAAAUCUUUAAUAAACCAUGUACAAAAGAAGAAAUCAAACAAGUUUUCGCAAACAAUAAAAGUUGGUAUCCAGUUUAUACACAAUGGAUGAAUAUAAGUAAAGCUAAAGGUGUGGGAUCAAGUAAUGCUCAACAACAGAACAAGACAUUUGGAAACUUGGAUUUAUCAGACCCUAUUGUUAAUGUGAACAAUACAAAUCAUAUGAUCAAUUUUAAUGAAGGUGAUAUUUCAGAGCUUAUGAGUAUUAUCUCAAAUGGGUUUAGAUAUUUCGCAACUUCUGCAGAUUUAACCGGUUUGAAUGACUCAGAUACUUCAUCAACUGGUAAUACUUCAACAUCUGAAUUUGAUAAUCUUUAUGAUCGAUUUUCUCAUGAUCCAAUUUUCAAUGCACAAAUGUCAAAUUUUGCCUUACAAAGAAAUCCAAGUGGUCAACGUCCAGAAUUUGGACAAUUGGGUAAUGAGUUUAUCAAUGAUUUUUUUAGUCCCGCAAUCGAUAAGAUGGUUGAUGUCGAAGAUUUCCCUAAGAAUUCAUUAUGGUAG